CCCCCCGGGAUCUUCGGCGGCGACAUUUCAGGGAGGCAGAGGAGGCUCCGGAUGGCGCGUCCGCGGCCCCGCGAGUACAAGGCGGGGGACCUGGUGUUCGCCAAGAUGAAGGGCUACCCGCACUGGCCGGCCCGGAUUGAUGAACUCCCAGAGGGAGCUGUGAAGCCUCCAGCAAAUAAGUACCCAAUCUUCUUUUUUGGCACCCAUGAAACAGCAUUUCUGGGGCCCAAAGACCUUUUCCCUUAUAAAGAAUAUAAAGAUAAGUUUGGAAAGUCUAACAAAAGAAAAGGAUUUAAUGAAGGCUUGUGGGAAAUAGAAAAUAAUCCCCGAGUCAAGUUUACUGGAUACCAGGCAAUUCAGCAACAGAGCUCUUCUGAAACUGAGGGUGAAGGAGGCAAUACUGCAGAUGCCAGCAGUGAGGAGGAAGGUGAUAGAGUAGAAGAAGAUGGAAAAGGCAAAAGAAAGAAUGAAAAAGCUGGCUCAAAACGGAAAAAAUCAUACACUUCAAAGAAAUCCUCUAAGCAGUCACGGAAAUCUCCAGCAGAUGAAGAUGACAAGGACUGCAAAGAGGAAGAAAAUAAGAGUGGCUCUGAGGCUGGAGAUGCAGGCAAUGACACAAGAAACACAUCUUCAGACUUGCAGAAAACCAGUGAAGGGACUUAACCAACAUAAUGAAUACUGAAUAAUAAGGGAAACCACAAGAAGGUUACAUGUUUGAUUGUCUCGGGUUUGAUAUGAAUCAACACAUACUCAUUGUUACCAUCAAUAGAGUCCCAGUUUGUAUGUACAUUAUUCACAUUCCUCUCUGUUGUGUUUGCAAAAAAUAAGACAUUUUAGUUUUUUCUAAGGGUUAUCGAUUCAUUUUCCCAUUUGGCUGCAUGAAGUUGCCCUUAACCAUGGACUGAUGAUGGUAAUGAUGAAAAUUUUUAUGCUGAGUUGUACAUUUGGAUAUGUUUUACCAAUAGAAAGGGCAGUUGUUAUCAUCCUCCUCUUACCUCUACCCCACCCUCUCCACCACUAAAUUAAAUUCAAAUCAGCAUUUUUACAAAAGAGCCCAACAGCAUAAAGUUUAGGAAUGAUAUUCCCCCUUCAUAACAGAAUUUGGGGAUUAAUUCCUAGAGACAUAAUUGUAAAUUAUCACAAGACCAUUCUUUGUUAAUUGAUUGAUUGAAAAUGAAAGCAAAUUGUUCUUGAUUCAUGAGGCCAUGUGCAGAACAUUCAAUGUUGUAAAAUACUUAUUCCUUAUUAGAAAUAGCUAGCUGAGAGCUAAUACUUCUCAAAAAAAAUCACAUUGUUAUGUACACAAAUUCACUUAGUUUCUCUGUGUGACGUUAGUAAAAGUCUUUUGUGUUCCUUUAGAUUAAGGCAAGGACUUUUUUUUUUCCAAUACCAAUAUGACUUGAACUAAUUACUCAUGUAUCAGAUACCUUUCAUUUUUAAGCCUGUUUAUGAUACAGCAGCCCUAUGGGAAACCAAAACAAAUCACUGACUUUAAAAUACUGAAAAGGUUUAAAAAAAAAAAGGAACUUAUUCUUCUCUUUUCUUUUGGAAACAGAGCUAGACUAGUUAAUAAUCAUUCCAGAACCAUUAUGUGUACAUUAUUGUUGCAAUUGUGAUAAUAGAAAAUUUUAUUUAUUUUUAUGCCAGCUAAUAUUGUGAGAACAUAUUUAGUCAGUUUGGUUUUUCAAUCCUUGUUAUGCUUGUCCUUGGAACAUCUUUCCCGUAUUCAAGGUUUGUAGUUGAAAAGUUUACUGUAAAAAAAAAUCAAAAACAAAAAAAAUGUAUUGUUUUUACAGAAUAAAUUUAUUGGAAUGUGUAAGUAUUGGGAGUAAGAAUUGAGGUUGUAAGCAACUAAGCUAGUGUCAUUUGGCUUCAUACAUGUAAUAAUGUGAGGUAUUAAUGUAACUCAAGUAUUAAAGCAAAAUAUUGUUAACAAGAAGUUGACAAUAGAACUAAGUGCAGGUGAGGUUUUUUGUACGUUUUCUGGGUUAUAGGGUUACUAGUUUACUUACAACAUAUUCACACUAGUUUUGAAAAUACUGAAAAAAAAUGGAUGCAUGACCUGCAUGUGUAAGAUAUUACCACAGCAAAUGCACUCUUAGUUUCAUAUAUCUGUCACCACACAUGUGCUCUGAUUGGAUCCUAUUUUCUUUUGGUUUUCUUAUUCUGCUUAAAAGGCUGGAGGGUGGUUCUGGAGGGGUGAGGAGAGUGGUUAUAUAAAGAAGAGAGUUAAAGGAAGGAGAAAUACCAAUGGUAAAUCAGGAACACAGUAGUGAUGGUGGGGACUAGGAGGUAUGAUGUAAUCAUUAACCAGAUACUCAAAUGGAGAUUCUUUACCAUAUAUUGGUCUAGAUCCUUUUUCUCAUUAAUAAAAAAUUGGAUUUCUUUACUAGACUUACAUAGACACUUUAAGAAUACAAAACAGAAAAGAUUUCAGAGGAAGUACAUAAGGAAGGUAUCUCAAGUUUCUUUAAGAGCUUUUUAUCACUUCCCACUUUUAAUUAAGGUACAUUAAAAAUUAAAAUCCAUCAGAAAUGUCACUUAAUUAUAGAAUAUGCUCACACUGAAACAUAAAUGUGGUAUAGAUAAUAAUUGUAAUAAAAAAUACAAACUUAAGAAAUUUAAAAAGAAACAAAAGUGAGUACUAUGGAUAACUGACCAUGUUUGGCAGAAAUACGUGAAAUGUUUGCAAUAAAAACUGAAGAGAUUUUCUUUUCA